AUGACCACUGACAUGACACGCAUACGCCGAGAACUGAGUGCCGACGAUAAGCUCGAGGUUGUGAAGAUGCUGCAACGCACCUUCACCAAGGGCAAGCUGGCCCAUGGAGCCAUCUCGGCCACUGCAGCCCAACUAACUUCACCGCAACACGGCCGUGUGUGUCGCAAACCAGUCUACACGGCUGAUGAGAUCACAGCUAUGGUGAGCGCUGUACCCCACUCCCGGCGCUCGACAAUGCGCGACAUCUCGGAAGCAACUGGGUUGUCGCUUGGCACACUCAGCCGCAGCCUGAAGGCCGGCAUCAUCCAACGCCGCUCGUCACGCCUCAUGCCCCUGCUCACGGAUGCCAACAAGUUGACCAGGGUUGACUGCUCCGCUGGCAACCUAGCAGAAAGUCAAUUUGACAAUAUGUGGGGUAUCGUGCACCUUGGCGAGAAAUGGUUUAACGCGGACAAGGACCGUCGCAAAGUGUACCUGACGAGGAACGAGUCUCUGAGCCGCCGCGCAUGCAAGAGCAAGCGAUUCAUACCCAAGGUCAUGUUUCUUGCUGCCGUCGCCCACCCCCGUGUCGACGAUGACCGCAGCGUUCUGUUCAAUGGCAAGGUCGGCAAGUGGCUCUUCGUGAAGAAAGUCCCGGCCGCUCGCAACUCUCGGAAUCGCGCCGCUGGAACUAUGGUCUCGACGUUAGUCAACGUCAACGCGGAUGUUUACCGUGACUUCGUUCUGUACAAGGUUGUUCCCGCUAUCAAGGCCAACUUUCCCAGUGCCUACAAAAGGGUCAUUUUGCAGCACGACAAUGCGAACCCCAUGCCUCGGUCACGGAUGUAG